AUGCUUGCGUGUCAGCUUCCCCUCACACAACCCCUCGGAACAGGCGAGGAUGUGGACGUGCGUGUGUCUGCGUUUGCGUGCUGCCCACUCGAUGCGUGCGGCGAUGAGGCGCAGGCAAUGAUGGAGGUGGUUGAGCAGGCGAGAACGCGCAACGUGCAAGUGAUUGACGCGGACGACAAGCGGCAAUGGCUGGCUCGUCGUCUUGACGCAACGCCACAGACGUUCACCAUUCGCCCGCAGGCCCCAGAUACCGUCCGCCCUUGA